AUGAGUGCUCCAGAGUCCAAGACCAUCGUCCUCGAGAAUACCUCUCGUAGGGAUGCCUUGAUUGAAAUCGAAAAGAAGUAUCAGAAAAUAUGGCAAGAUGAAAAGGUGUUUGAGGUAGAUGCACCUACUUUUGAAGAAGAACCUUACGGUAUUGAUAGUGACGAACUACACAGAAGAAGACCAAAACAUUUUUCUUCAAUGGCUUAUCCUUACAUGAACGGUGUCCUACACGCUGGUCAUGGGUUCACUUUAUCUAAAGUUGAGUUUGCUAACGGUUUUGAAAGAAUGACUGGUAAGAAGUCUCUUUUCCCACUUGGUUUCCACUGUACUGGUAUGCCAAUCAGUGCCGCUGCUGACAAGUUGGCCAGAGAAAUUGAGCAGUUUGGUGAGGACUUUUCCAGAUUCCCAGCUGAUGCUGAGGAGGAGGAAGAACCUGCCCCCAAAGAGGUUAAGCAGAGAGAUGACCUGUCGAAGUUCAGUGCUAAAAAAUCCAAGGUUGUAGCCAAACAGGGCAGAAGUAAGUUUCAAUUUGAAAUCUUACAGCAGCUGGGUAUUCCAGAUGAAGAAAUUCCAAAGUUUGCGGACCCAUACUAUUGGUUAACUUAUUUUCCUCCCUUGUGUCAGAAUGAUGUUACUUCGUUUGGUGCCCGUGUUGACUGGCGUCGUUCCAUGAUCACCACUGACCUUAAUCCCUAUUAUGAUGCUUUUGUCAGGUGGCAAAUGAACAAACUAAAGGAAGAUGGAAAGAUCAAAUUUGGUAAGAGAUACACUAUUUACUCAGAAAAAGACGGUCAACCUUGUAUGGAUCACGACAGACAGUCUGGUGAAGGUGUCACUCCUCAAGAAUACACCUGUAUAAAAAUCAAGAUUACUGAAUUUGCUCCCGAAGCUCAGGGAUACCUGAAACAAAAGAAUUUUGACUUCGCUUCUAACGAGAUAUUUUUGGUAGCUGCUACACUGAGACCAGAGACUAUGUACGGUCAAACAUGUUGUUUUGUCUCAAAAAAGAUUGAUUACGGUAUUUUUGAAGCUGCUCAAGGGCAAUUUUACAUUUGUACUGAACGUGCGUUCAAGAAUAUGUCCUUCCAAGGUCUCACACCUCAACGUGGUUACUACAAGCCCGUGGUUCAAAUUAAUGGUUCCGUUUUGAUCGGUUCUAAAAUCACUGCUCCUUUGGCUGCUGAGAAAGAACUCAGAAUUUUGCCUAUGGAUACCAUCUUGCCAAACAAAGGAACUGGUGUCGUCACUUGUGUUCCGUCUGAUUCUCCCGAUGACUACAUCAACACCAGGGACUUAGCCCACAAAUCAGAGUACUAUGGUAUCAAGAAGGAAUGGGUUAUUGAAGACUUUGUCGCUUUGAUUAGAACUGAGAAGUACGGUGACAAAUGUGCUGAAUAUCUCGUAAACGAACUCAAAAUCAAGUCGCCAAAAGACGCUGUUCAGUUGGCAAAGGCCAAGGAAUUGGCUUACAAGGAAGGUUUCUACAACGGUAUUAUGAUUUAUGGUAAAUUCACUGGUGAAAAGGUUGAGAAUGCCAAGCGCUUAGUCAGAGACCAAAUGCUUGAGGAGAACACUGCUUUCGUCUACAAUGAGCCCGAGGGAGUUGUCAUGUCUCGUUCUGGAGAUGAAUGUGUUGUUUCCUUAGAAGACCAAUGGUAUCUGGACUAUGGUGAAGAAAGUUGGAAGGCGCUGGCACUUGAAUGUCUUGACAAUAUGAACCUGUUCAGUCCUGAAACUGAGCAUGCCUUUGAAGGUGUCUUAAACUGGCUGAAGAACUGGGCUGUGUCAAGAACGUACGGUUUAGGUACUCGUAUCCCAUGGGACAAGAAGUACCUUGUCGAGUCAUUGUCUGACUCUACGGUUUACCAUUCUUUCUACACAUUCUGCCACCUGCUCCACUCUGAUUACUAUGGUAAGGAGGUCGGUCCAUUAGGAAUUACUGCUGAUCAAAUGACCGACGAUGUAUUUGAUUACAUUUUCUGCCGCACUGAAGAAAUCAAGUCCGACAUUCCAGCGGAGAACCUGAAAAAAUUGAGAAGAGAGUUUGAGUACUUCUACCCCCUAGACAUCUCCAUUUCUGGUAAAGAUUUGAUUCCUAACCAUCUGACCUUCUGUAUCUAUGUUCACACAGCUUUGUUCCCCAAGAGAUUCUGGCCCAAAGGGAUCCGUGCUAAUGGUCAUUUAAUGCUAAACAAUGCCAAGAUGUCAAAAUCCACUGGAAACUUCAUGACAUUGCACCAAAUAGUUGAAAAGUUUGGUGCCGAUGCUGCUCGUAUUGCUUUAGCUGAUGCUGGUGAUACAACGGAAGAUGCCAAUCUUGAUGAAAGCAAUGCCAACGCCGCCAUUCUUCGUCUCUUUACCUUCAAAGAAUGGGCAGAGGAAAUUGUCAAGAAUGCUGACUCUCUCAGAUCCGGUCCAAUUGAAAAGUUCUUUGAUGUUGCCUUUGAGAAUGAGAUGAACAGACUGAUCGAGGAGACGUACGAACAAUACUCCCUGACCAACUUCAAAUCUGCCUUAAAAUACGGCCUGUUCGAUUAUCAGACGGCUCGUGAUUAUUAUAGAGAGUCUGUCGGUGCUGGAAACAUGCACAGGGACUUAGUUCUUCGAUACAUUGAGACCCAGGUAUUGAUGCUUGCUCCAGUUGCUCCUCACUUUGCUGAGUACAUUUACCGUGAAGUUUUGCAGAACAAAGGCUCUGUCCAAUUUGCUGCUUUCCCAAGAGCUUCAAAGCCUGUCGCCGUUUCUGUAACGAGUGCGCUAGAAUAUGUUAAGGACCUGCAACGGUCCAUCAGAGAGGUUGAAGGUGCUGGACUAAAGAAGAAGAAGGGAAAACAAGAAUUAGACCCAUCUAAACCUGUCAAGGUUACCUUGUAUGUUGCUUCUACCUUCCCUGAAUGGCAAACUCAAUUUAUUGAGCUAGUACGUGAGGCCUUUGAGCAACAAACGUUAGAUGAUACCAAGAGUUUGAGAGAGAAGAUAGAGCCAAAGGAGAUAAAACGUGCUAUGCCAUUUAUCUCUAUUUUGAAGCAACGUCUGCAACAAGAAUCACCAGAAGUUGUGUUCAAUAGAGAAGCAUCCUUCAACGAAGAAGAAACUAUUAAGAGUGUUCUGCAUAACUUGAAGCGCAGUCCAGCUAUCCUCAAGGUAGAGCAAUUUCAAGUUAUAUCAUUCAAACCAGGAUCUAAGAUUGGUAAGGAUAUUGAGACCGGAGGAGAUAUAGAGAUUACUGCCACAGGAAAGGUUGUUGACAGUGCUGUUCCAGGAGAACCUGGUAUUAGUAUUAAAAACUUGUAG